CAUUAGUCUAGCUGUUAUUUAUUUAAAAUUUUCCUGUCAUCAUGUUAAUCUAGUUCUGUUCUUAUCAAAUUGUCAAGAUCGUCCUCUUAUAAAUCGUUAAUUUGAUUCAUUAUUUGUUUUGAUUUUCAUUAAUUUUAAGUCUUUCAAGUUGUCUAUAAUGAAUAACAUUAUGAAUGUGUAUAACACAUAUAGAAAUUCUCUUUUUUGGAUAAAAAUACCUCAUAGAUAUCUUUCAGUCACAAGGACUAGUUCUAAGUAUCAUGAGUUAUCAGGCCAGAACGUGCAAUAUUUACAAAGGAGUAUUGUAGAUACAAUGCAUUUUCAAAACAGUUUACCGCGUCUUCCGAUUCCUGAGCUUGAAAAAACAUGUGAAAGGUAUAUAAAUUCAGUUAAGCCUCUCCUCACUGCUGAUGAGUUGCAAAAAACAAUAGGAAUCGUUGAAAAUUUCAAAUCCUCUCCUGGAAAAGAGCUUCAAGAGGAGUUAAAAUCUGUUGAUGCAAAAAACAAGCAUACUAGUUACAUAUCAGGUCCAUGGUUUGAUAUGUAUCUGAAAUCUAGAACUCCUCUUGUUUUAAACUAUAAUCCUUUCUUGUCUUUUAAAGAUGAUCCUAAAUCUGAAUUCAACACACAAUUGUUACGAGCGACAAACAUGGUUUUUUCAUCAUUAAGGUUUAUGAAAUCUCUUCAUAAUAAUCUCUUAGAGCCAGAGGUGUAUCAUUUGAAUGCUGAAAAAAGUGAUACACAGUUUUUUAGGAAAACAAUGAGGUUGAUGCCUAAACGAUUUGCAUGGUAUGGGGCUUAUUUGUUCAAAGCCUUUCCACUUGAUAUGAGCCAGUUCAAAAAUUUAUUUUGUUCAACAAGGAUACCCCAUCUAGGAAAAGAUGAAAUAAAAUCAUUCCCCGAUUCUCGUCACAUUGCUGUAUUAAGGAAUGGAAAUAUUUAUGUAUUUGAUGCAAUUGAUGGACAUGGUGAUAUAAUUCCACCAUCUCACAUUUCCAGCUGCAUAAAUUACAUUUUAUCUGACACCCAGCCAUCCUCUAAGCAUCCCGUUCCUGCACUGACAUCUCAAGAGCGAGAUACUUGGGCAAAAGCCAGAGAGCAUUUGGUGAAAAUUGGUAAUUCUGAACAGUUGCAGCUAGUAGACAGUGCUAUUUUUCUGCUUAUUCUCGAUGAUGAAAAUUUUGACGCUGAGAAAGACCUAGUUCCUUAUGCACGCCAAAUGCUUCAUGGCCACUCACAUAAUAGGUGGUUUGACAAGAGCUUCUCGCUCAUCAUCACCAAAGAUGGGAAAGCCGCCUUGAAUUUUGAGCACGCCUGGGGCGAUGGUGUGGCCGUCAUGAGGUACUUCAAUGAGAUUUACAAAGACUCAACAGCUAAUCAUUUUGUUGGACCAAAAACUUUGCCUGCCAAUAUUGAUCCUUCUUCGCUGGUGAAAAGGUUAGAUUUCCAGAUUGAUGACCAACUGAAAUCUGAAAUUAAGAUGGCAGAGGAGAAAUUCAAUGAGCUCACUUCUACUUUGCAGCUAGAUGUUAUGCAACACAAUCUCUUGCAUAGAGAGUGCAUUAAAAGUUUCAAGCUCAGUCCUGACUCCAUCGUACAACUUGGAUUACAGAUGGCCUUUUACAAACUUCAUGGCAAAUUUGUUGCAACCUAUGAAUCCUGCAGUACUUCUGCAUUCAAACAUGGUAGGACAGAGACUGUGAGACCCCUCACCACAGCCACCAGAAAGUGUGUGGAAGAGUUUCACAAGAGGAAUACUACAGACUUGAAAGGGUUAAUGGUGGAAUGCACAAAAGUGCACAAUCAACUCACUAAAGAAGCUGCAAUGGGCCAAGGGUUUGAUCGCCAUCUCUUUGGAUUGCGCAUCAUGGCUGAAAAAUUGAAUCAGAAAGUUCCUCAUCUCUUUGAAGAUCCAUCUUUCGUUAAAGCCAAUCACUUUGUCAUCUCCACCUCUACUCUUUUUGGCUUUUAUUUCAGUGGUGGGGGAUUUGGGCCAGUGGUCAAAGAUGGAUUUGGCAUCGCGUAUGGUUUUCUAGACAAUCAGCUUGGUUGUUUAGUCAGCUCUUACAAAACACAUCAGGAUGGUGCUGCAUUCGUGGAUGCUCUGCGGUCAAGUUACGAUGAAAUCUACAACUCGCUCUCAAAAAGAUAACACAUUGUUUUCUGUAAUUCCUGUCAAUUUUAAAUUUAGGACAUUGAAUGCUUGCUUUUUAAUCCUGUAUGAUACGACAACAUCUACAACUUGUUCUCCACAUUUUCUAUAAUAUCCAUUAAUUUUAAAUUUAGGAUGUUAUAUAUAUUUUAGGAUAUUAUGUAUGUUUGUUAUUAUAUAUAAUAUUUUAAAUCUUGUAUGACAAAGUGCAUAGUACUUAAGCAAUUUUAUCGUAAUUUUUAUUCAAUAUCUAUCUUUUUAUGCCCACCAUAAUGUAAUUGAUGAAUUUUAUAUUUAUAAUUUCCUAUUGAAUAAAUGCAGUAUUUUUUAUUAUUA